AUGGGACAAAUCCUUCAGAAACUUCAAGGUAAUGAAUGGAAAGAAAGGCAUAUUAGAAAGAUAACUGACAAAAUUUUUGAUCAUUUCAAGAAUGAAACUGGAAAGGCCAAUAUGACGUUUGAGGAGCUCCAUAUUGCUGUGCUACUUGUGUACAAUGAUAUUAAUAAGCUUUUACCUGGAACUCAUUUCGAUCCUCCAUCGAAGGAACAAAUUAAGAUUCUUAUGCAGGAGAGUGAUAUCAACCUUGAUGGUGAACUGGAUCGUGAAGAAUUUGUAAAAUUCUUGCUCAGGAUAACCCACGAUACAUUCGUCACUGUAAGUAGGGGAUUAAUCACUACCCUGGCUGUUACUCCAACAAUCGCUUUGAUGACAAAGAAGACGACAGAGAACUUUCCAGGAGUCGGGAAGGCCGUACAAAAGUUGCCGAAUUCAGUCUAUGCAUCCAUAGUGACCCUGGUGAUUGUCAUGUUUCAACAAGGUGUAGGGAAAGCAUAG